CAUGUUCUCCCUUAAUCUAUUGCGAAGUUUCUAAGCUCAAAACAUAUAUUAGUGACCCUCACGUUCUCUCUCUCUUUUUUUUUUUUCCUUUAUAACAUCAUAUAUUUCGGAUCGCCACCCAAAAUUUGUGAACUUCACAGCUAAUAUGACCAUUUCUCGUUCCAUACUUUAACAAAACCAAAAACCACGCUUCUCCCUCUCUUUAUUCUCUCUUGUCAUUCAAUAGUUUUUUUUUUCUUUUUGAGACUUUCUACAACAACUCACACCUCAAAAAAGUACUGGACAAGACAAAUCAAGUUUUCUUUUUCAUUUUGUCUUUAUUUGGAUCCUUUUGUUUUUAGGUUUCAUUUUUUGGGUUUUCUCCAACUCAAACAAUUGUUUCCUUUCUGGUUGUACCUUUUCAAUUAAUUGACCAAAUAUAUAUUUAUUCUUCUUUGCUGGGCUUCUCUCAACUUUCUUUGCUUCAAUAGUUUGGUUGGGCUUAAUUUGUAGUGUACAUAUAAAAAUCUUAAUAUACAAUAAAUAUAUCCUCCUUAUAAUAUUAAACUGUGGCUGAGUUGAAAUCUUUGGCUAUUGGAGCUAGCCGUUUUAAGUUCCAAGAUUAUGGGGUUUGUUGAUGAAAACAAGGAUAGAGGAGAGACCAGCAGUGAGAACAAAAAUCUCAAAGAAAAGCAGAAGAUGGAACAAAAUGGAGAAGAGAAUAAGGAAGAUGAUCAUGACCAUCAUCAUCAUCAUCAUCAACAACAUCAUCAUGAGGAAGAAGAUGAUGAUCAUCAUGGAAAUGACUUACAAUUGGGUCCUCAGUACACACUUAAAGAGCAGCUUGAAAAAGACAAGGAUGAUGAGAGCCUGAGGAGGUGGAAGGAACAGCUUCUUGGAAGUGUGGAUUUCGACAAUGUUGGAGAAACACUUGAGCCAGAAGUAAAGAUCGUUGAACUGUGCAUCAUCUCACCUGGGAGAUCUGACAUAGUUCUUCCAAUCCCUGAAGAUGGAAAGCCCAAAGGCUUAUGGUUUACUCUGAAAGAAGGCAGCCGUUAUAACCUCAAAUUCUCCUUUAAUGUCAGCAAUAACAUUGUCUCUGGUCUCAAGUACACCAACACUGUUUGGAAAACUGCUAUAAAGGUGGACAACACAAAAGAGAUGAUUGGAACUUUCAGUCCUCAGCCAGAGGCUUACACACAUGUGAUGCCAGAGGAGACCACUCCAUCUGGCAUGUUUGCCAGAGGAACAUAUUCUGCUAAAUCUAAGUUCCUUGAUGAUGAUAACAAGUGCUACUUGGAAAUCAAUUACACCUUCGAUAUUCGAAAGGAAUGGGCUGCAACUUAAUUAGCCAAACCGUUAAUUAAAAUAGCAAUUAUCUUCCCUGUGAUAUUGUGCUGCAAUUAGUUUUUCAAGAAUUUUCAAAUCUUAGUCAUAACUACUUGUGAUUGUUUUCAUAGUUAUGAUAAGUUAUGUAUGAGUGCUUUCAUAGUUUUGAUAAUUACUAUACUUUUCCUGCUAGUGAUAUGUAUUGAUUUUCAAAACUUGGGGUCUAAGAAAAGAAACAUAAAUUUUAGAGUGAGGAAAUUCUUUGGUAAUUAUCUCUAAUAAAGAAGAAAGCUUCUUAUAGCC